GCAAUAUUGAAUUACAGUGGAUUAAAUUUGUUUUUUUAACACUGAUCAGAAAAGACUCUUGUGCCAAAGUGAAAACAAAUUUCUACAAAUUGGCCUAAAUGUAUUACAAUUAUUAAAUGCAAAGUAAUUGCAUAAUUACUCAGCCCCCCCCCCCUUUAAAUCAAUAUUUUAAUAGAUGCACCUUUGUCAGCAAUUGCAGCCUUCAGUCUGUGUGGAUAGGUCUCUAUCAGCUUUGCACAUCUGGGCACUGCAAUCUUUUCUUCAAUCUUCUUUCCAAAACCGUUCAAGCUCUGUCAGAUUGCAUGGGGAUCGUGAGUGAACAGUCUUUUUCAAGUCCAGCCACAAUUUCUCAUUUGAAUUGAGGCCUGGAGUCAGACUUAGCCACUCAAGAACAGUAACUUUGUUUUUAAGCCAUUCUUGUGUAGCUUUGGCUUUAUGCUUUGGGCCAUUGCCUUGCUGGAAAAUAAAUCUUCUUCCAAGUCUCAGUUCUCCUGCAGAGUGAAUCAAGUUUUCCUCCAGGAUUUCCCGGUAUUUUGCUGCAUUCAUUUUGCUCUCUACCUUCACAAGCCAUUCAGGGCCUGCUGCAGUGAAGUAUCCCCACAGCAUGAAGCAGCCACCACCUUGCUUCACAGUAGGGAUGGUGUGUUUUUCAUGAUGUGUCAUGUUUGGCUUAUGCAAACAUAGCAUUUACUCUGAUGGCCAAAAAACUCAGUUUUGGUUUCAUCAGACCAUAGAACCACCUUCCAGCUAAUUCAGAGUCUCCCAAGUGCCUUCUGGCAAACUCUAACUGAGAUUUCACAUGAGUUUUUUCAACAGUGGCUUUCUAUGUGCCACUCUCCCAUAAAGCUGCCCAGGCAACAGUUGUAUGUGCAGUCUCCUUUCUCAGCCACGGAAGCUUUUAGCUCAUCCAGAGUUGUCAUUGGUCUUUUGGAGGCCUCCCUCACUAGUCCCCUUUAUGGACAGUCACUCAGUUUUUGAGGACUGCCUGCUCGGGCAGGUUUACAGCUGUGCUAUAUUCAUUCCAUUUCUUGAUCAUUGGCUUAACUGUACUGCAAGGGAUAUUCAGUUACUUCGAAAUUUUCUUAUAUCCAUCUCCUUCCUUGUACUUUUCAAUAACCUUUUGCAAAGUUGCUUGGAUUGUUCUUUUGUCUUCGUUUAGUUUUUGCCAGAAUACAGGCUCACUGGCAGUUGGACAUUCCAGAUACAGGUGUAUUUUUACUAUCAAUUGAAACACCUAGACCGCACAUAAGGCUGCACCAGUGAUAACUUGGUGUGUAUAUUAAAGUGGGUAAAUGCUUAUGUAAUCAAUUAUUUUGUGCCUUUAUUUGAAAAUAAUUUAGAUCACUUUGCAGAGAUCUGUUUUCACUUUGACACAAAUUUUUUUUCUGUUGAUCAGUGUCAAAAAAGUCAAAUCUACUGUGAUUCAGUGUUAUAAAACAAUAAAACAUGAAAACUUCCUGGGGGUGGGGUGAAUACUUUUUAUAGGCACUGUAUUUGUAAAAUAUCUUUUAAUAUAGUAAAACAUUCCAAGACUUUCAAAAAUGCUUUUUAAAAUGUUAAAUACACAGCCACAAACUGUUACUGAGGUGGUGAGCAUGUUUUGUAAAAAGUGGAUUUGGGAGUUCCUCAGAGAGAAAGUGGGUUUUGAGCAGGUAAAUUCAGAACAAGGAUAUGAACUGAAAAUCAAGGCCAACAUUGAAGACUUGAUGGCUAAAGGACAUCAUUACCCACUGGGAGAGCACACAAUGUAAGGAAAUGCCAAGAAGUUAGAUUUACCGAAGUGCAAACACUUGGAUUUUAGGGCCGAAGGAGAAUUCAGUUAGGGGAUGGGGUGGGGUGGGAAGUGAAGAGAGAACUUGGAGAGUUGGGAAUUUUAAUUUCUAGACUUUGCUCAAUAGGAACCAAUGGAAAAACAGUGACUAUGAUAACUGAAUACAACUUAAGGGUAAUUAUUGAAAAUAAGAAAUGCUGAAAAUUCUCACCAUGUCAGGCAGCAUCUUUAGAAAAGAAAUUUGAUUAAGUUUCUGGUCAGUGAUUUUACAUGUAGUCCAGGGCUUCAGAUAACCAAAUCUGCAGGUAAUGGGCAUAUAACUUGUUAUCAUGGUGAAUGGAGGCUAUUCAGCCUGUUAAAUUGUUGCUAACUCCCAGCAUAUCAAUCCAAUUCUCCUCUUCCUUCAGACCUGCAAUGUAUUCUCUCUGACAUGUCCAUCUAGUUCCCGGUGUUUCUGUUGGCAUUUACCAAAGCAAACGGAUGACUUACAGCAGCCAACUAACCAACCAGUUGGUACUUGAUAAGUAAGAGGCAAGUGGAACUAAGUAUGUGCUUCAAAAGCAGACGCAAGAGUUAGACGAUGUACUAUGCUGAAUAAAGCAUUUUUGGUAAACUUGCAGUUACGCUGUUGAUGCUCCAUAGGCAAUCACAAGUUAGCAAACUAUUUUGGUCUCCGACAUUUUCCAGGCAUGAAGGAUAAAAUUAUUGGUGAAUGGAAUGGGGCUUGUGACAUCUGAAAAACACCAUGGUGGUCUUCCAUAGUUGGAGAAAUUUCAAUCAAUUAGUCAGAAAAUUUAAGGCUAUGAGGCAUCAGGUCCUGAACUCUUUUUAGUAGCCUUCAUUGAAGGGCUGUACAACGAUGGGGAAAGGGAAGAGUUCAGAGAUCAUGGUUUAGGAAAAAGAAACAUUGCUUUUUAAAGUUGGUGUGGUGCUUACGAUCAAGAUCUGUGUUUUGGUCCCUAGCUCUAGAUGAUUGUUUAAAGCAAAACUCCUGACAUUUGAAUGUGUCUUUAAUGCACAAUUAUUAUAAUUAUCUAUAGUAAUGGUGGUUGGUAUCCAUCUGUCUCGGAGGACAAUGUGUGAUGAUGAUGAUCAUCACAAGCCUGGGUGGAAGGUAUGGGAUCCUGAAAUGUUCAGUUGUCAAGAUCUCCCUCUUGGCCUCGCCAGUGAAGUCUAAAGGAAAGCUUAUGAAGCAAUACGUUAGGCACAAGCUUGGCUGCAAGAGGAUGUUCAAUGACGUCCAGCUGCCUUAGGGGUUUCACUCCGGAUUUGCUGAAUGGGUUUACUCCCUUAGCCUUGGUCUCUCCAGAGGCUGCCCACAAGGCAGUGGGGCUAUUUACCCAUAGCUGGGGAUCUAGUUCAUGAGCUCCAAGGCAAUUCCACAUGCCGUUGGACCUGCGAGCUACGUGUGCAGGGACCAGAUAUCUUCCCCACCCUCUAUAGUUCAGCCUGAGUCUGAAAGGAGUUCUGUAUCCGUGUGUUGCCAGUGAAAAGGCACUACAUGAGACUUGCUGUUGGAGAGGCAGGGAGAGAUUGACACAUUCAGCUCUUCUUUUCACAAGACUGCUAGCCAGUGGUGGAAGCUGAAAGUAAGAGUGACAAGCACUAUCCACUACACUACCAGAUCAGAUGCAUCACAAAAGCCAUUUUGACACCAUCUACAGUAAUACCUUAGAACUUAAGUCCAAAUCAAAAGAUGUGACUUCAAAACGUUGAAGACUGCAUCCCUUGUGUAAUGAGAUGUAAAUUAAAGUAACAAUUCCAUUGAAACCCCGUAUUUAGAACAAAAUGAUUAUGAGAUGAGAGGAAACACAAAGCCAAAGUCCUGCCCAUAUUUGUCAGUGGUAGGUAAAAGAGUAUAAUAAAAUUGCUUGGCAUUGUCUCCACAAUGGUGCCAGAGUGUGGUGGCUAUUCGUGAGCUGCUCUAAGUAGAUCCACAUUUAUUAUAAUUCUAUUAUUUUAAGGUUCCUUAAGCUUGUCAUAGCCAGGGGUAGUAAUGGGGACAAGCUCUCUUUACGUAUUAAAUGUUUCCAAUGGCGUGCACCUCAAAUAACCUCCUGGCCUUCAUGUGAGACUUAGCUACCAAGCCUGGUGGAACCACUUCUACUGACAGGGAUAAGGAUGCAUGGAGUGGGGUGGUGAUGUAUUAUCAUGGAUAGGGAAUAGGUUAACUAAUAAAAGGCAGAGAGUUGGGAAUACAUGGGUGUUUCUCUGGUUUGCAUUUGGUGGUGGGCCCAUAACUGUUCACAAUAUACAUUAACGAUCUGAAGGAAGGAACCAAGUGUAGUGUAUCUAAGUUCACUGAUGACACUAAAUUGAGUGGAAAAGCAAAUUGGACAGAGGAUACCGAGCGUCUGCAGAGAAAUAAAGGUAGGUUAAGUGAGUGGGCAAGGGUCUGGUAGAUGGAGUACAAUGUUGGAAAAUGUGAGGUCAUCCACUUUGGAAGCAAAAAUGGAAGAGCAGAUUAUUAUUUAAAUGAUAAAAGAUUGCAGAAUGCGCCUGUGCAGGACUUGCAAUUCAUGCAGAAGCACUCCCAAAAAAUUUUGGUUUGCAGGUGCAGCUGGUGAUCAAGAAGGUAAAUGGAAUGUUGGCCUUCAUUGCGCCUGGGACUGUACUCGCUGGAACUCAGAAGGAUGAGAGGAAAUCUUAUAGAAACAUAUAAAAUUAUGAAAGGGAUAAAGGCAGGAAAGCUUUUUCUACUGAUGGGUGAGACUAGAACUGGGGGACAUAGCUUCAAGAUUCAGGGGAAUAGAUUUAGGACGGAGAUGAGGAGGAACUGCUUUUCCCAGAGUGGUGAAUCUGUGGAAUUCUUUGCCCAGUGAAGCAGUGGAAGCUACCUCAGUAAAUAUAUUUAAGACAAGGUUGGAUAGAUUUUUGCAUAGUAGAGGAAUUAAGGGUUAUGGGGGGAAAGCAGGUUGGUGGAGAUGAGUCCAUGGCCAGAUCAGCCAUGAUCUUAUUGAAUGGCGGAGCAGGUUCGACGGGCCAGAUGGCCUACUUCUGCUCCUAUUUCUUACAUUAAAUGACAAAAGGCGAGUUACUAGCUCCUUAAAACCAAUUGCUUUGGGCAAAUGGAGCUCGUCAGCCGUGGUUGGCAGCUCAUCUAGCAGAAGGAAAACUCCGAUCUCAAACGUCCGCUGCAUUGUGGCUAUAGCCACCCAUUGGGAAGGUUUCGGAAUUAACUCCUGAGGGGAAAAUCCGGAGCUGGAGUCCCCAAGGCAGUCAGUCCUACGCUGAGUUCAUUGCUGACUGGCAACUCCCGCCACACUUCUGAUGCCAAACUGUAUCGGUCUCUGCCGUUCCUUCGGGUUUCAUCAGAUGUGUGGAAGAGGGGGACCGUGUUACAUGGGCAACAGCUUGCUCUCCAUAUCGUACUGCCCCGGGCUUGCAAAUCUACACAGCUAGGUCGCGAUAUCCAUGGUCAAAUCUGACCGACAGAGACCUCAACGCAACUAAUUUAAAGCUCAAUUCUAAUGUAAUAAUUACUAAUGAUGUUCUCCACACUUCAUUCUGCGUUCUGUUUUCCUAUUUACCACCAUGACGUUCGUACAGUAUAUAUAGAAUGAUCUGUUUUUCACUGUGUUUUGGUACAUGUACAUAGAACAGUACAGCGCUGGAACAGGCUCUUCGGCCCGCACUUCCGAACAAGUUAAUCAAAAGCUAACCCUCUUACCCACACAUUCUCCGUAUCCCCCUCCAUCUUCCUCACGUCUAUGUGCCUAUCUAAAUGUAUUUUAAAAGUCUUUAGUGUAUUUGCCUCUGGCACCACACCAGGCAGCGCAUUCCCGACAUCACCAUUCUCUGAGAAAAUAAGUUACCCUUCACAUAUCCUUUGAACCUCCCCCCUCUCAUCUUCGAGCAGAGUCAGGUUCAAUAUCACUGGCAUGUGUCAUGAAAUUUGUUAACUUAGCGGCAACAGUUCAAUGCAAUACAUAAUGUAGAAUGAAUAAAUGAUAGUAAAUAUGUGUGUGUACCUAUUAAUCAGUUAAAAUAGUGCACAACCAGAAACAGUGGGGUCGUGUCCAAGGAUUCAAUGUCCAUUCAGAAAUCUGAUGGCAGAGGGGAAGAAGCUGUUCCUGAAUCGCCGAGUGUGGGCCUUCAGACUUCUUUGCCUCUGACCCGACGGUAACUAUGAGAAGAGGGCAUGCCCGGGGUGGUGACGUCGCCUUUCUGAGGCUCCGCUCCUUGAAGGAGGCGAGAACCCAUGUAAGAGCCACAGUUAUUUCACCAUAUUUAUAUGAGGGUUUGAGAUUUCCACUGGUGCCACAGCCUGAAGUGCUCACUCCCAUCGUUUGUGACCCGCCAAGACUGUGGGACAGGGCUCCUAUCAGUCCCCGAAUGUGUCUGCCCCCGCCCCUGGAUGCUGAGAUUGGAACAGAAAUGCCCUUCAGUAGCCAACCAAGCCUAGAGAUCAGUGUUAAGGAAUGUGUCGCUGUCAGAGGCAGCAACACCCCACUAAGGAAUACAGUGAAUGACCUUAGCCUGUCCCUUUCCAAAAGAACCAAGAGGAGAGAGAGAAACAAUGGCACAUUUAAAGGAGAUGAUGAACCGGAGGAAAAAAUCUUUGAGGUUGAAAGUGCUGCUGAAGCAGUCCUGGAGAAGUUUGAGUGUUUCCAUUGUCACAAGGCUUACAAUACUUUAUCUGGUCUCUCUAAACACAGACAGCUUCAUUGUGAAUCACAGACUACAAAAUACUUUAAUUGCAAGUAUUGUGAUAAGGAAUAUGUCAGUCUGGGUGCAUUGAAGAUGCACAUAAGGACUCACACUCUGCCUUGUGUCUGCAAAAUCUGUGGCAAAGCAUUCUCUAGACCGUGGCUCUUACAGGGGCACAUCAGAACACAUACUGGAGAGAAACCUUUUGCCUGUCCUCACUGCAGCAGGGCAUUUGCAGACCGCUCAAACCUCCGAGCACAUCUGCAGACACACUCUGAUGUGAAAAGAUAUCACUGCAAGAGCUGCUCAAAGACCUUCUCUAGAAUGUCUCUUCUUUCCAAACAUGAGGAAGCUGGCUGCUGCCCCUUAUCUUGAUGCAGAUGUUGUAAUAUUUGCAGAUGUUGUAAUAAGCUGGAGUUGUAGUUAUGCAGACUGUUGAGGACCUUUGUUAUAGUAUUAUUUGGUUGAAAAUGGAAUGAACUGCUGCAUUUUUUAGCUCAUUAAUUCGCAAAAUAAUUUAACCUGAAUGGAGAUUGGCAGAUGACAUUGGCUGCAGAAGUAUAAAUGUUGACUCUGUUUUAUUGAGAUAGAACAGCUUUAUUAAACACUAACACAAUCAAUGUAUCAGUAAGAGCAAAUAAGUGUACUGAAUUGUAUGAAUGUUGUAAUGUUAGUAUCCCACUCUUUAAAGGGAAUUGUAGAGUUUUGCAAAACUGAGGACUGGUCAGAUCUUUAGUUGUAACAUCAUCCUCUAGAAUCUUAAUUAUAGGAAAUGUAUGCAUGGGCAGGAGAAUGGGCAAUGUUGCCAUUGGGAUCAGAGAGGCUUGCUUUUCAUGAGAGUCUCAAAGAAGUUAAAAUCUAUUUACAAGUUAUAAGAGUGAGCUAUUCACACUGGAAAUAACCUGCCUGUAUUAAAAAUAAUCUGGUACUGUACUGUCUUCAGAAUGAAAUUUUGAAACCUUACACUUGGUUAAUAGAAUUGUUUGUUAACUUGUAUGAACUUAAAAAAAUUUAACUUUUGAUAUGCUGACAGUAACUGAUAAUUUGUUUGUAUCUAAAUUUCCCAAGGACUUUAGUGAAAUACAUAGCACUGAUACUUUUGCAUCUGCUGCCCCAUCCAUGAGGUUAUCUGUGGCUUGUUUCACUCGUUAGUUACUAAGAUCUACAUACAGGGAUUUGGUUAGAAGAUUAUUUUUAAAAGUACCAGGUAAGGAUUUAGUAUUAUGGAUAAGCUUCUGUCUGUAAUUAUCUAAAAGAAAAGAGUAACUUCUGAAUCACUGAACUCUAUGUCUGUGGCAAGACUG